AUGAAUCUGUCAGUUGCACUGCUGCUGCUGGUCCUGCCGGCACUGGCGGCAGCCCAAGUUCCAGGUUGCAACCAGCUUCGAAUGGUGAUGGACCCAAAUCUAAUGGAUGUAGUUCCUGACCUAUCAGAUGCCAGGUCACCUCCCCUAGUGAUUAAAGACACUGCUAGAACACUGAGAGCAUCGCCCUCAGUUGAUUUCGAGGGAACCAACCUGGAGUGGCACCCGUGGACGGGUCAGCUCCCCACCGGAGCUGUUUCCAUUUACAAUGGCUACACCAGUCGCUAUGACUACGUCUGCAAGCACGACUGCGAUUCGGGCUACUACAACUCUGGAGAAGGAGAGUUUUGUGUCUAUUCAUACGGUGGCAAAGCUCUACGUGCCACAGACUUUUCUGUGCUCGUCAACAAAGACUAUUUUGAGAUCCUGCAGUGGGAGGAGGGUGCCUAUGGCUCAGUGGCAUGGAACGCGGUUAAGAACUGCAAGGAUGAGGACAAAUACGUUGGCAAGAACGAGUAUGGUUUGGGCAAAGUGCAAGUAAGCCACCGAGUCUUUUACCUGCCCUGGGGGAAAUGGGAGUACAUUUACAAAAAAGGCUACCAGUUUUUGACUAUCAGUGAAGAUGUGGCGAAAGAUCACCUAAUGGAUGUGGUGUACCACACCGAAGGCGUCAAUGUGGUGGAGCACCCCCCGGACGUUAUGAAGAAUGACACCAUCAAGAACCGAGACUGCCUGGAGGGCACAGUCACAGACACGCUCAGUAAAAGCAACAAGGUGGAGCACAGGUGGGAGCACACCUUCAGCCUCUCUCUCUCAGCCAGAACCACUAUCACCACCGGUAUCCCCAUGCUGGCCAAGGGAGCCAUUAACUUUAGCUUAGAGACCACCAUCGCGUUUAGCAUGGGCACCACCUACACAGAGACCCAAGAGCAUCACCUCAAGUUGACCAUAAGGGUGCCACCCAACAGCUUGUGCAGAAUCCACAUGGUGGGCAAGAGGUAUGGAGCGGAAAUCCCGUACACAGGGCGCCUCAAACGCACCUACAUGAACGGCGAGACCAAGUGGACCACCAUCACCGGGACCUACAAAAGCGUCCAGAUCGCAGUGGUCAAUGGUGUGGUGGACCGCUGUGAGCCUCUGCCACAUGUCAAACCUUGUAACUGA